AUGGAAGAAGAACAAAGAAAGCGAAUGGAUAGAAUGGAAAGAGCUCAAGAAGAAAUGAGAGAACAGUUAGCAAAGAUGAUGGAAUUGAUGACAAGCUUAAGUAAAGGAAAAAGAGUUACGGAAGAGUCAGCUCAGUCAGAAAACCCACCAGAUCAUGACAUUGGAAACCAAAGGGAUGAUCCACCUUAUCCCCCAAGGUUCACUCCACCACAUGCCCAAACCUCUCAAAGGGUCCACCCUCAAGCAAUGCCAUCCGUUUAUUACAAUGCAUCACCCCUGAUGGGCCAUCAAUCGACUCAUGGACAAUUCGGGCCGUAUUUUGGGAUAAAUCCUGCUGAACCAAUACACGUCUCAAAUUUAGACGAUCCAAAAGAGCAAAAGAAACUAAGAAAGGAGUCAUCACAAACAGGAGAAAAUGAAAAAGAUCAGAAAAAGUACGAUUUGUUGGAAGAGCGUCUUCAUGCUAUCGAAGGAGUUGAUAGGUUCGGUACCAUGGAUGCAACCGAACUAUGCUUAGUGCCUGAUACUAUGAAAAAGAAGCAAAGUGAGAGCUUCAAGGAAUAUGCCCAAAAGUGGAGGGAUACAGCAGCACAAGUUCAGCCACCUCUCACUGAUAAGGAAAUGACUGUGUUGCUCAUAAACACACUCCGAGCUCCAUUCUAUGAGCGCUUGAUCGGCAAUGCUACAAAAAACUUUACGAAUUUGGUCUUAUCUGGAGAAAUAAUAGAAAGAGCUAUCAAAAGUGGGAAAAUUGAAGGACAUGAAGUUGCAUUGGAUGAGGUCAAUCAGGUUCCACGGAUGUUUGGUGAGCUAUCAAUCCAUAUGAUCAAAGGUGAAGAACCUAACGAGAAGAUUCCUAUGGUAUAUCCAGUACUGCCAGAAGAGGAGCUAAGCAAUUGGACAGCCACAGAAUUGCCCAUCAUCUUUAAGUCUUCGAAAAUGUCUUUAAAUAAUGAACACGAAGACAAUCUAGACAACGAUUUGAAUAUCGAUUUUGAGAUGAUUUCGAACAUUGAUGAAUUGAAAAAUGAAGAGGAGGUGGAUGACUAUGGCUUACCCCCUGAUUUGUCGAGAAUGUUGGAACAGGAAGAAAGGGAGAUUUUACCUUAUCAGGAACUCACAGAAAUGAUUAACCUCGGAAAUGGGAAAGAAAAGAAAGAGGUUAAGAUUGACACCUCGCUGUCAUCUAAUGAACGACAAAAGCUAGAAGAACUGCUCCGUGAAUAUGUGGAUGUGUUUGCUUGGUCAUAUCAGGACAUAUCAGGUCUCAAUACUGACAUUGUCGUCCAUAAGUUGCCUUUGAGAUCAGACUACAAGCCUAUUAAACAGAAGUUGAGACGGAUGAAGCUAGAAAUGUUGCUGAAAAUUAAAGAAGAAAUCAAGAUGGCACCCGAAGAUAUGAAAAAAACAACAUUCGUAACCAUGUGGGGAACGUUUUGUUACAAAGUAAUGCCAUUUGGAUUGAAGAAUACAGGUGCCACUUACCAAAGGGCAAUGGUAGCUUUGUUUCACGAUAUAAUGCAUAAAGAGAUAAAAGUAUAUGUGGAUGAAAUGAUCGUAAAAUCUCAUAGAGAAAGGGAUCAUACUGUCAAUCUCAAGAAGCUGUUCGAGAGAUUGCGAAAGUUUCAGCUCAAGUUGAAUCUUGCAAAAUGCACUUUUGGUGUAACUUUUAGGAAAUUGUUGGGGUUCAUACUCACUUGCAAAUGUGAUCCAAUCUUCAAGCUGCUUCGAAAACGAGACCCAGGAGAGUGGAAUGAAGAAUGUCAAAUAGCCUUUGAUAAAAUCAAAGAAUAUCUCACAAAUCCACCGGUGUUGGUGCCACCGACGGCUGAAAAACCUCAUAUUUUGUAUUUGACUGUGAACAAGAAUUCUAUGGGAUGUGUACUGGGACAACAUAAUGAAACGAGGAAGAAAGAACAAGCCAUCCCAUCAAGUAUACUGUCUGAGUAUGAUAUUGUGUAUGUGUCCCAAAAGUCAAUCAAAGGGAGCGCCAUCGCUGAUUUUUUCGCAGAUCGAGCUAAUGAGGAUUAUGAAUCUGUAAGUUUCGAUUUUUUAGAUGAUGAUUUAAUGGCCAUUUUGCACAUAAAAAAGGAUGUUCCCAAUGAAUUUAAUCCAUGGAAGAUGUAUUUUGAUGGAGCAUCCAAUGCUUUGGGGCACGAAAUUGGGGCAGUGUUGGUUUCUCCAAAUGAAAAGUAUUAUCCAACCAUAGCGAGAUUGAAUUUCAAUUGUACUAAUAAUAUAGCGGAGUACGAGGCGUUGGUAAUGGGAUUAAAAGCAGCAAUCGAGAUGAAGGCUGACGUGAUAGAUGUUUACGGAGAUUCGGCUUUGGUGAUAUGUCAAAUGAGAGGCGAAUGGAAAACUAGAGAUUCUAAACUAGUUCCAUAUAAAAAGUUGGUUACAGAAUUAACCAAACAAUUCAAAGAAAUCAGCUUCAACCACUUGCCUCAAGAAGAAAAUCAAAUUACUGAUGCUUUGGCCACUAUCGCAACAAUGUUCAGAAUAAAAGAAGCAGCUGAUGUACGCCCUUUUGAUUUAAAAGUUUGUGAAGUCUCUGCACACUGCUUGAAUGUUGAGGAAAAGGUUGAUGGUAAGCCGUGGUAUCAUGAUAUCAUGUAA